AUGUCUCAGUGCCCAACUGCCAGCGCCACUCCCUCCACAGUCUUGGAUUCACAGCCUUCAGGGCUGUUGGAUGCUACCCCCUAUAUCUCCCCAGUUGCAUCUAUUGUGUGGCAGAGUCAAGAGCUGCCUCUGUCACAGCUCACUCCCAGGGCUCUCAAAAGAAGGUUGGAUCUGGACUCCCAAGAAGAAUCAAGGAUAUCUUGCACGCUUCCCCCCUUGUCCAGGCAUUGGUUAGCAGGGCCCAGCAACAGGGAAGACUCAGAACAUGGAGGAAACUCCAUUGUCCCAUCCAUGGCUUUAUUGGAGUCAAGGGGAUCUAUUGUUCCUGCAGCCCCUGAAGGGGAAGAGGAUAUUGGGGGUGAGGAUACAGUGCAAACCUCUUGCCAUGAGGUUGUCAAGGAUCUUGUGGACCACCUCCUUACUCUGAGGAGUGGAGGGGGACCCCUUUUGGAAUAUGCCAUGGGGGUUACAGAGCCUCAUUACUUGAAGGAAGGACAGUGGCAUCCUGACUGGCAUUGCCAUGUCAUUGUUUGGGCCAGGACUCUUAUUUCAUCAGAGGCCCUGAACCUAUGGAAGUAUAAGGAAGUGCACCCCCAUGAGCAUCUUCUCCUGCUCAAGGAUAGUAAUGGGAGGUUUGCUCCCUUAUCUGCCUAUGAGUACCUCAAGAAGGAGGCAGAUGCUGGGAGACACAGGUUGAAGGCCAAAACAAAUCGCAAUGAGGACUUUGCCUAUGCCAUGGAGGCAGAGGAUGCUGAGGGGCUCUUUGGUUGCCUAAAGGAGCACCAACCUUGUGAUAUGGCCAUGGGGUAUAACAACCUCAAGGCUUUCACUGGUUACUUCUACAGGGACAAGGGCACCCUUCCUCAGGGUGUAUGUGAGCCCAAGGCCUUAAAGAAGGCUACAGUCAAUCUGCCACCUGGUGUUCAGGAGUGGGUUACUUCCAAUAUACUGGAUUGUGACUCUGAAUCUGAUUGUGGUAAGAUCCUUGUUUUGUGGGGUCCCUCAGAGACAGGGAAGUCAGUCCUGGCUUGUUCUUGGGGCCAUCACAUUAGGUUCAGACAGAACCUCAACUCUGAUGAGUUCAGUGACCAUCCUAUGGUUCAGUAUGCAGUGCUGGAUGAUAUGGAUUGGUCCAAGGUUCCCUUGAAGAUGUGGGUGCAGGAAGACUUCAACUUCUGCACUAGUUACAGAUCAGAGCACCAUUGCCAAUGGGGGUGUUCUACUGUUAUAUGUUCCAAUUCUAAGUCUUCUGUCUUUGCUGAUUGUAGUUAUGCCACAGUUGAUGGCAAGAAUUGGAUUGACACCAAUUGUACCUUUGUGUAUAUUGGUGAUAAGCUGUAUUAG